UAUUGGAUGUAUUGGAUGUAUUGGAUGUAUUGGAUGUAUUGGAUGUAUUGGAUGUAUUGGAUGUAUUGGAUGUAUUGGAUGCCAAAUACAACAUCGCCGCUUCAUCGGAACCAUUGUGGAAUAUCACUGUCGGUACCAUGGUGUCUGGGAUGGAUGAUGGCGGCGCAAUUUGCGUGGCUGACCGUUUGCAUGUUCAGUAUCGGAAUGUGA